AUGGCGUCAUUUUUCCAGCCCGGGUUCAACGACCCUGCCAUUGAAGGCUGCGAGCGCAGCUCGCGCUUCGAGGUGCUCUGCAACAGCAUCUUGCCGGCAGACAGGCGGUUCGCGCAGUGGCAUCAGGUCCUCGACGUGACGGUCGGUGUGACGGCCAUUGUCAUCCCCAUCCUCCUCUUCCUCCUCUACCGAGUAGCGCGGCCCAAGCACGAUGCCGCUGCUCGAUCCAAACACGCAAGAUACUCCCGCGAUGUCAGCAGGCCAGUAUCCGAACACCAAGGCCCGGCGCCGUCGUUCCGGGCCACCAAGACGUUCCGUGUCUUGGAUGACUUUACUGACCUCCCCAUCUCCGGGGACACGCAGCCGUACGACCUCGUCGUCGUGCCGCUGCGCAGCCAAGCCGCGCCGCCGCCCUCCCACGCCCACGGCGGCGGCCUCGCGAGCUCGGCGUCGUCGCUGCGCUCGAGCCGCAGCGUGCCGGCCAAGAUGAGCCUCGCGCGCGUCGACGUCGACAGCUUCAGCGACGAGGACCUCACGUCGCCGCAGCUCGAAGCGACGGCGGCGCGGCUGCACGAGGCCUACAUGGAGCAGACGCUCGCGGGCUUCGCCGUCCGCUGCUCGUCCCACACCGAGGCGGCCAAGGUCGAGCGGCUGCUCGAGGCCCUGCACGCGCGCAAGCUGCCGGCGCUGCUGCUCUGCCACCACGACUUUGCCGGCCUCGACGCGCUGAGCUUCUUCCACGCCUCGGGCCUCAUCAUGGAGAACGCCUGCAUCCUGCGCGACGGCACGCGCCGCGACUACUUCAUCGCCCGCCGCCUGCGCGACACCAUGACCCGCUGCACCGCCGAGCGCGAGGACCGCCCCGAGUUCUUCGUCGCCUUUCUCGACCAGUGGGACGUGCGGCCGCAUCCCUCGGUCGUCAAGCGCGCCGUCAAGAUUGCCGAGCACUUUGGCGCCGUCAUUGAGCAUGGCCCCUCGGAUGUGGCCAUGGGCGCCAGCCCCGUCGUCGCCAGCGCGUCUCGCACCAUUGGGGGGUUCGAGUAUCUUCGCCGCGCCGAGAUCAUCCAGCUCCAAUCUGUCUGGACCGCCGAGGCCCGCAGGGUUUCGGUGCCCAGGGGUCACGGAAAGGAGGCAGAAGCUUCCGACGUGGCCACCCUCCCCCUGGACGACCUGAGCACCGUCAUGCCCGGCACGGCGGAGCUGCUGCAGGCCAAGGCGCUGCCGCAGGAGCUGAGCCGGAUCCAGGACGAGGUGGCCGCCCUCCGCGCGCCGCCGCGCUACCUCGACGCCCUCGUCGACGGCGACGAGGCCAUGGCCGCCGCCGCCGCCCUGUUCUGGGACACGGACCGCGACGGCACCCACCACGAUGCCGUCGUCGAGACCCAGGUGCACCUCGCCAAGCUGCGCAUGCUGCACACGAUUGAGGGCGUCGAGGAGCAGGCGCUGCUGGCCUCGCUCAAGGCCCUCGCCGCGCACCCGUCGUGCGACCUGCGCGUGCACGACCUCGUCAAGGGCCUCGUGUCGCGCGACAUUCGCGUCUUCAAGGGCCUCGCCACGGGGUUCCGCUGCGCCGAGGGCGAGGCCCUCUUCUGGGGCGUCGCCAAGCGUCGCGGCGCCGGCGACGCCGAGGACUCGGUCGACAUUUUCCUCUCGCAAAAGGCGCCCCAGGACGCCUCGGUCGUGCUGCACACCUGGCUCGCCCACUGCGGACGCCCGCGCGUCGAGCGCUUCGAGCAGGAGCUUCUGCUCGAGCAGGUCGUCGGCCUCGAGGACGCGAGCGGCUGCGGUCUGCCGACGAGUCUGCGCACCGCCGUCGACCGGGCCACGGUCGCCGAGCUCCUCGUGCUGCGCCAGCGGCUGCGGGCGUCGCGCUCUGCUGCGACGAGGGAUGAGGAGCCUCAUGCCCUGGAAGAGGGCAUCCAGCGGUACUGCCGGUCGAGUCUCAUCGCCGACACAACCAAGACGUUCUGGACCAGCACGUGCGCGCGCAAGGUCCUCGACCGCACCAUGUCCAUGCGCGACCUCCUCCGGCUGCGUCUCGAGCACCACACUCGCCAGGGUGCCACCGAGCUGCCUGCCCUUGACGACCUCGAGCGCCUGUAUGACAUGGUCGAUGAGGCUGUCGAAAAGUCGCUCUUCUAUGGCCGUCGCGAGCUCAUGAACGUCGUCAUCAAGGCUCUCCUCGACUGCUAUGAGCCCACGGCCGAGCAGGGCAAGGCGGUCGACGUCAAUGCUGACCUGUUCGCCCUCAUCUUCUUCAGCGUUCUCCGCCGCUCUGCUUUCGAGGAUGUGUACCUCGAGGCCACCGAUCGCUGCCCUCUCUUCCUGUCGCAGCCUGACCAGGCGGCCGUCUUCUCGGAGCUCUGGAUCCUCGGCUCCCAGUGCGAGAACUACUUUGGCCUGCCUCCGCGGGACAUCGGCGUCGUCAUUUACGACCGCUACAACCGGUUCCUCGCCGGGCGGCCGCCCACGGCUGCGGAUCGCAAGAACAACGAGAUCAUGACCAUGUACUCGAGCACCGACGCCGUGCCGCUGCCCGAGGCCGAGGCGACGGCCGCCACCAUCGAGGCCGCCGAGGAGGCGCAGGCUCGCCUGACCCCCCACGAGUGGGUGCAGGUGUGGAAGAAGCGCAUCGCGGCCGCCAGCGCCAUGUCCAUCUUCUGUCUGCCGGCCAUCAUCGACGUGCUGCUGCUGACGCUCGUGGGCCGCGGUCUCUUCAUGACGGCCUUUAUGCGGCCCGACCACGUCGAGGCCGCCGGCUACGCGCUGCUCACGUCGCUUCUGCUGACGGCCGGCGUCACGGGCUGGGUCGGCAGCACGGGCAACUAUUACCUGCCGCACUACGCCUACGACAACAUGAUCUACUUCCACGUGCAGCGGCUGUCGGGCGGCUUCGUGCUGGCGCUGCUCGUCUCCCUCUGCGGCAUCGUCGGCUUUGGCCUGCGCCAGUCGGUGGGCGCCGGCUUCGUCUUCGCCGCCUACCUCCUCAGCGUGUCGACCUACCUCAACCUGCUCGGCGUCAUGAGCACCAUGCACCAGAACGGCAGCCCGCUGUCGUCGGGCCGCAACACGUUCCUGCAGACGCUGCCCGUCCUCUUCAUCUCGCCCAUCCUGUCGACCUUUGUCAACGGCCACGACCUCGAGAUCUACCUGCCCGUCAUGUACGGCUUCCUCCUCGUGUCGCUGUACCGCUACCGGCGCAUCUGCUACGAGUGGUCGACCUGGAUGCAGCACGUGCCCGUCCUGUCGGCGCCCGAGAUUGAAAAGUGGUACACCGCCAAGAUGGACCCCGACGACGACUCGGACGACGAGAAGGGCGCGCCCAAAAAGUCAAAGGCCGCCGAGGAUGCCCAGGCGGCCUUCACGGCCGCCGUCCUCGCCUUCACGCGCCACGGCAAGGCGGCCAAGACGGGCGACGACGCGAGCGACCCCCUCGUCGUCCAGGUCGCCAAGGGCCUGCCCUACGUCGACUGGCUCUUCAAAAAGGCCGGCCAGGGCGGCGACAUCCCCCCUCUCUUCACGACGGCCUGGUUCACCAAGCUCGGCGACGCCAUCCACCAGCAGCGCCAGCUGUCGCGCGGCCUCAAGGACCACAACGUCAUGAUCCUCUUCCGCAUGGCGCGCUACGACCUCGGCCAGAACCUCGGCCUCUUCCUCGUCGCGCUGCUCGACCGCUGGAUCAUGAUGGUCAUGAGCGCCCGGCGUCCCUACCCGAGCAUCUACACCGACGACCGCGCCCGCUACGGCUUCUGCUUCACCAUCAUCUACUUCUGCCUCGGCGCCAUGACCCUCGACACGGCCCUCUACAAGUACUGGGGCGUCCGCGACAAGCUGUCCGAGGAGAAGCUGCGCGACCUCGAGCACGCCAAGCGCGUCGCCGACGAGGCCGAGACGCAGCGCAAGGCCGCCCUCGGCAGGGCCUGGGUCGACAUUAUGGGCAAGCUGCUCGUCGUCUUUGGCCUCGCCACCCUGUGCCUGUGGCUGCUCGUCGACAGCAAGGAGACGACCAUCCUCUACUACUGCUACAUCUUUGGCUACACCUGCGCCCUCAUCUUCCAGUUCAACCGGUGCUUCACCACCAAUGUCCGCGUCCACGUCACCAUCAUCAUCUGCUCGGCCCUCGUCGGCUUCGUCCUCGGCUGCCUGCUCCACGCCCUGCCCCAGACGGCCGGCUUCCUCUACACCGACGUCAUCUGCCAGAACCUGGCCGGCGCCCUCGCCGCCGCCGGCACGUCGCUCUUCACCUGGAAGGACUGGACGGCGGCGCCCGUGCUGGCGGCGUCGCGCGGCGCCGACGCCUACGACGAGCCGUCCGUGACCCUGCAGCGCACCAUGAUGGCGAGCCUCGACGACCAGGCCACGCCGACGCUGUUCGUGGGCGACCUCCCGGCGAGCUUCACCGAGGCGACCGUCAACUUUGAGGACGGCACCGGCCUCGCCAACAAGAUGCACGAGGUGCUGCAGCGGACGGUCGCCGAGCCCAACGAGACGGCGCGCGAGGCGGCGCCGUGGUCGGCCAACCUGCUCGAGACGGCCCUCGACAUGUGGACGUCCGGCCGCCUGACGGCCGCCGUCCUCAGCCGACAGCACUUUAGCGAUGCCGGCCUCGACGACUGCCACUCGCUGAGCUACACCGACCGCGGCGUCCUCCACGUCGCCGUCUGCUUCACCGGCGAGACGGAGCGCCGCCUGCCCGCGUGGCAGCCCCUGCUGGCCAACGUCGUCUGCGAGGCCCUCCUCUACCACGUCGCCGCCACGGAGCUCCGUCUGCCCGCGGCCCAGGCCGUCCAGGCCGAGCACAUGCUCCACGGCACCACGGCGCUGUCCAAGAGGCUCGAGUCGGAGCUGUGGCCCGAGCACGCGUCGAGCCUCCUGCUGCUCGCGCGCAAGACCAAGAUGAACCUCAUGGAGCACCUCUGCCUCGACGUCGACGUCGACGCGCAGUGGGAGACGAUGCCGCCCUCUGUGCGCGAGGCCAUCCUCGACCGCAUCGACGGCGAGCCGACCGUCAUGUCCUCCGAGCUCGUCGACUGGGCGGCGGCCCACAACGUCCAUCUCCAGACGGCCGACUUCCACGUCGCGCUGACGCUCCAGGUCCAGGCCGCGUGCCGCGACCGUCUGCAGCAGAUGAUGCUGCUGCCGUCGCAGGAUCUCGUCCUCGCGGCCCAGGACUCGCCGGCCGAGCUGUACCCCGUCGUCAUCCGCCGUGGCAAGAACCAUCGCGGCCUGUUCCAGGCCAUCUGGCGCGGCUUCGUGCGCGUGCCGGCGCUCGUCGUCAAGUGGAUCGCCAUCAUCUCGGGCGCCGGCUCCAACAUGGAGCGCGAGCUCUUCUACUGCCUGCAGAACGUGCGCUUCCGCGGCCCCCUGCUGCGCGUCAUCCUGCUCGUCCUCAAGGCCUGCUGGCUGCUCAAGAACCUCUGGGUCUACUGGCUCAUCGUCUACCACCGCCCCACGCUCGUCAAGCUGACGAGGCUCGCCAAGAAGGGCGCCCGCCGCAAGAUUGUCAACAACACCGUCGUCGUCGAGCUCACGCGCGCCUUCCAGACGGGCUUCGCCUCGGCCGGCGACGAGCAUGACGACGACGACGGCAUGUCGCUCGCCGUCUACAACGGCCAGCUCACCGAGGUGCCCGACAAGGGCGCGCCGCUGUUCACGACCAAGUACGACGCCAAGUUCCGCCUCGUCAGCCGCCACGACACGGGCGCCGGCACGGCGACGUACCACUACGACCCGGCGAGCAGCUCGCGCCGGCCCGAGACCAAGGAGCACGUCCACAAGGACUACCGCAGCGUCGGCUACUACGACAAGUACGGCCGCAUCGUGCGCGGCACCGUCACCGUCGACGGCGUCGACUUUGCCUUUCAGUACUUUUACAAGUCGAGCCCCAAGGGCAGCGCCGCCAUGCUCCACGCGCGCUUCCGCCUCGCCGGCACCGGCGACUCGCUGUCCAUCUACUGGGGCACGCCCGUCGACCGCAACGACAUGACCUGGGUGCCGUCCAAGUUCAUCGGCCUCAUCGUCAAGAAGAUUGCCGGCCGCACCUACACGACCGAGUACGACUACUCGCACCGCCGCGACCCCGUCAUCACCACCUUUCUCGAGGAGGACGACGGCCGCCGCACCGCCCUGACGCACACGCCGGCCCUCUUCGCCAGCGAGGCCGUGCUGCUGGCGCUGCCCCGGGACCACGCCUUUGACGCCGACGACCUGCUCGUCUACCACAGCCCGCUGCAGAUCCGCCAGAUGCUCCGCUGCGCCCGGAACAAGAUGCCCAGCCUGCUGUCGCGUCUCAACCCCCGCAGCUGGCUCGGCCAGUGGAACGUCCGCGUCUACAAGCCCGUGCCGACCUGGCGCAUCCGCACCGAGCUCUGGGGCAAGUGGCUCAAGACCAACGACCUCGACGCCGUCACGGCCUGCUGGGUCGACGAGCUCGUGCUGCGCGAGGAGCCGCUGCUCAAGGAGUACUGGCGCGCGCGCGACAGCGGCCGUCUCGAGGAUGCGCUCCGCGUCCUCGACGCCAACGUCGACCAGAUCGUCUCGGCCAUCGACAUUGAGACGGACGUGUCCGAGGUGACGCUGCUGUCCAUCAAGACGGCCGACCUCUACGUCAUGGGCCUCGGCAAGGACGCCAACCCCGUGACGACGCGCCCGCAGGACUGCUACAGCGACACCAAGGACCGCAUCUCCGUCAUCUUCAACGACAUUGGCUGCUGGCCCAUGGCGCCCGGCGGCGUGUCCAACUGCCGCCGCGACCUCGUCAACGGCCACAGCACCAUCCGCAACCACGUGCUCGCCGAGUGCGCCAACGACUACGGCGUGCCGCGCUUCCAGAUCGAGAAGAACGUCCAGUCGCUCAAGCUGCUGCCGCUCUGGGGCCUCGACGGCGGCACGGCCAACCACGGCAUCAUCGACGACCUGCUCGAGUCCGAGGUGGACGAAAAGGUCGACGACACCGAGGUGCAGCGUGACAUUGUCGAGACGUUCAUCCCGCUGCUCACGACCUUCGUCAAGGGCGCGCGCACCAAGCGCCUCUCGCGGUCGCACCUCGUCCGCCUCAGCAACGCCAUGCUCUCCAUGGCCAAGUACUACGAGCACAAGGACUACACCAAGACGUGGAAGGCGCCCGAGGUCGAGCAGGCCUGGAUCGCCGCCUGGCUGAUGCCGUACGACGACGACGCCAACGUCGCGGCGCCGUCCGAGUGCUUCGACAUUGCGCGCCCCAGCAUGUUCGAUUUCCGCCAGUCGCUCAACAUCUACCUCGCCUACUUCUUCAUCUUCGCCGUCGGCGUGCCGCAGAGCUGCCCGCGCGUCUUCCAGAGCACCCACCACGGCAUCAGCUCGCUCUUCGGCAUGGUCCUCAAGUACCGCCGCGGCGUGACCUUUGGCAUCUGGGACCACGCCAUCCUCUGGCGCGAGUGCUGCCUCAACAUCUCGCCCGCCCAGUCCGAGCUGCCCGUGUCCGUCCAGUCCAUGCUGCUGGCCGGCAUCGGCCUGGCCACGCGCCUCGCCUACUUCCACACCGACGUCGUCAUGCCGUGCGCCUCCCUCUUCAACCCCAUGUGGGAGGCCGAGAUUGGCACCGACGGCGCCCGCCUCUGCAGCCGCAACGGCUUCCGCCGCAAGAUCGACCCCAUCGUCAACGGCAUCUCCAACAUGGACGCCUACAACCCCGUCGACAAGAUCCGCACCGACACCCCCACCGUCGUCAUGCUGUCCAACGUCCAGAUGAUCAAGGGCGUCAAGGCCGCCAUCCAGGCCGCCGACAUCAUCAUCAACCGCUUCGGCUUCACCGACUACAAGCUCGUCGUCUACGGCGCCAAGGACCGCCAGCCGUCCUACGCCCUCGAGAUGGAGAAGCUCAUCGUCGACGCCAAGCUGGCCAACCACGUCGUGCUCGCCGGCUUCGGCAACUCCAAGGAGGUCCUCAAGGACGCCUGGCUCUUCAUGAACAGCUCCAUCUCCGAGGGCCUGCCGCUGGCCAUCGGCGAGGCCGCCCUCGCCGGCGUGCCCAUCGUCGCCACCGAGGUCGGCGCCACGGCCCUCGUGCUGACCGACCCCGACAAGACCGACCAGCGCUACGGCGAGGUCGUGCCGCCCAACGACCCCCUCGCCCUCGCCCGCGCCCAAAUCAGCAUGCUCGCCAUGGUCGGCCCCUGGGCCCGCUUCACCGACCAGGCCGCCCUGCCGCCGGCCGAGCGGUCGCCCGUGCUCCCCGACGAGAUCGCCGCCGACGACGUCGCCUGGCUGACGCGCCGCUUCUACGCCCGCGCCGAAGACCGCCGCAAGCUCGGCCUCCUCUCGCGCCAGGUCGUCCUCCACAGCUUCCACGGCAGCCGCUACCUGCGCGAGCACGAGCAGAUGUACUGGAUCCAGUGGCACCUCGCCCAGCAGCGCGCCGACCCGGCCCUGCGCGCCCUGCCCUACACCUUUGGCUGCAUGGAGCCGCUGCGCUACGCCGAGAACGACGAGGUCGCCGCCGUCCUCGACGAUGCCGUCUCCGAGAGGCCGCCAACCAUCAUGCUGACGCCGCGCCGCACGAGCCGCGGCGACUUUGACGUCUACCCGGCAUAA